AAAAUAAGUGGCUUAUAGUUGGAGUUACGUGACAACUACUUGCGCGAUGACGAGGUACAGGAGUCAGCAAGCCCCAUACACAUGCACACAAUGCCGAAUAAAAAGAAAAGCGAUAAACAUAACGAAAGAGACAAACUUAUGGAAAUUGCAAACGAGGAAAAAGACACAUCAGAGAACGUAGCUGUCAUGCUGCUGCGAACUUAUGAAGGUAAAAUGUUGGGAGAGGACGACACUUCUCAACCCACCUCACGCACCGCCCCCAUUAUUCCUAUCGAGACUUCACGCAAAAAGAAAAAAAGAAGGAGGUCUCAAAUAUCAAUAUGCCUCACAAAUUGUCGCUACGAGUCCAUCCGCAAGGUGGCCAGUGCGUUUGGUAUGCGAGAAGUGUCCGAAGAAGACGCGUGGAACUUUUAUUGGACGGACAUGAGUGUCUCCGUUGAACGAGCCAAGGAGAUGAAACGAUUUCAGCGGAUUAAUCAUUUUCCUGGCAUGCUUGAGAUAUGCAGGAAGGAUCUCCUGGCACGGAACUUGAACAGAAUGCAGAAAAUAUAUCCAAAAGAAUACAAUUUUUUCCCCAAAACUUGGUGUCUACCUGCAGAUUUUGGCGAAGCACUUAACUACGCAAAAUCCCGCAAGAACAAAACGUUUAUAAUAAAGCCGGAAUGCGGCAGCCAGGGACGCGGCAUCUACCUUACCAAGUCAUUGAAGGAAAUCAAGCCCACUGACAAACUCAUUUGUCAAGUAUAUUUAUCGAAACCGUACCUAGUGGAUGGGUACAAGUUCGACAUACGAGUAUACACACUCAUAACAUCUUGUGAUCCUUUAAGGAUAUUUGUCUACAAUGAAGGAUUAGUCAGAUUCGCAACGAGUCGAUACGCUGACCCGAACGUUAACAACACCACAAACGUUUUCAUGCAUCUAACGAAUUACGCGCUCAACAAACACAGCCGAACUUAUGUCUACGAUUCUGAAGCUGGCAGCAAACGCAAGAUAUCGACUCUGAACAAGAUCCUGCUGUCGCAAGGCAUCGAUUUGGACCGACUGUGGCACUCCAUCGACCAGGUCAUCGUCAAGACCAUUAUCUCCGCGUGGCCUAUCCUCAAGCAUAGCUAUCACGCUUGUUUCCCAUCGCAUGAUAUGGUGCAUGCUUGCUUUGAAAUACUUGGAUUCGACAUACUUCUGGACCAUAAGCUUCAUCCUUAUAUUUUAGAAGUUAACCAUUCGCCAAGUUUCCACACUGACACGCAGCUCGACCGGGAUGUAAAAGAAUCGUUGCUAACUGACACUUUCACUAUGUUAAACAUUUGGCAAUGCGAUAAAAAACGCGUGCUAGAAGAAGAUCGCAAGCGCAUACGUGAUAGACUACUGCAAACUAACAACACAUUCUUCGGCUCAAAAUCUCCUCCGGCUCUUUCCACGGCUUUCAGCCUUUUACUCAGCGACAGAUUUGCAGAGUAUACUCCUGUAGAGGAAAAAGAGCCGGAGAAGAGUCCUUGGCAGAUGCAAAUACAGUGGGAGGAAACUCACCUUGGAAACUUUAGACGUGUUUACCCAGUUGGAGAACAGUAUGCGUCGCUGUUCCAACAGCCUUCAGGCUCGUUGUAUACAGCAACAGCUUCAUCACGUGCGCGCGGCGACUGCACGCGUUUACAAAGGGAAGAGUUCCAACAAACGAAAGCCAAAGCAGAAGCGCUUAAAAAACCGUCCCAAACUAUGGGGCCCAAGGUGUCCAAAGAAGAAAAGAAGGCGAGUGAAGAGACAAUAGCUACAGCAGUUACAUCCGCUACUGUAACUGCGACAGUCGAUAAAAAUGAGAAAGAAAAACUUAAGACAAACAAGGCCAAAGUUGAAAGGGAUAAACGCAAAGAGAAAGAAAAGGAAGACAGAGAACGGAAUAGGCUAACGGCAAAACCUUCAAUAGCGUUGCAAUCGCUACCCGAAAAGGAAAUAAAGCCACCUUAUGUGCUGUGCUCUUUCGAGCCAGAUCCCAUAGUGGAGAAGGAAGAACGGGAACGGGUCAACUUACUCGCUCAAAGGGACUUUCUUAUACGCAGCUACGGGAUGCUCGAGCAGAUCUACCUAGUUAUGAAAAAAAUGGGAACGCUUAGACCAGAAGAUGAACGCAAAUAUGGUGUCUACGGGCGCCUCGCAGUUGUUUCUAGCUCACCAAAGAAAGUGUGACGACAUAAGCAGAUAAAACGUAAAAUUAGAUGUAAGAAGUAACAUGCGCAACAAAUGGAAAAAUUAUAUGUGCAGUUUGCCAAAAAGAAGAUGACACACAAAGUUGAGCAUACUCGCAAACAUACUGAACAUCAGUUGGACGAUGAACUUCGCGUCGCCGUUGAGUGCCGAGACAUGGUGAUGUACCCGCACCAGGUAAACUUGGUGCGUAGACGUCGUUCGCUGCAACCGCGCGGCUUCUACACCAUGGUACACCACAACAGGUAGCAUUGUAAUUAUGAGUAACGUAGUGCCGUCAUGUGUUCAGGACGCUGUGCCUUCUACAUUAGUGUGAAAAUAUUAUCCCAAAUGUAGUUGUAACUUCGAACAUGUUCGAUUAUCGAUGUUAGUCGCCAUUUUUAUUAUAUUAGUGGCCCAUAUUACAAUGUUUAUAAAUAGAUUUCUUUUUUUUAUUGAUAUUCUUUUGUAUACCAUCUCAUUUUGGGAAACUAAAUUUUACAAAAAAAAAUGUUAUAUGGUAAAUUCUGGUGGAUAGAAA